UGGGAGAUGAAGAGAAGGUCUGAAUCAUGUUCUUGUCAAAGAAGGACCUCUGUUUGCAGGAAUUAGAAAUCCUCACCUUAGUAUGCUCUUGUCGUUGAUGAAAAGAACUUGACACACCGUAACCUUGAUGCAGUCAGUUAAUAAUCAGGCAUACAGCCCAUCAUGGGCGGCUUCGAGAUUGAUGAAAACAAGUGAAACUGCCAUGACAAUACAAGGUGAUCGACCUGGUAGACAAAAUGCUUUGUGGAGACACUGCAGAUGUUACCAUGAUCAGUGACUAUUUGAUUUAGUCUGGACAGCUGUCCAGCCCUUGCAAGCCCCUCCAACAACCACGAGACUGAAGGUUCCUGACAAUCCAACCUCUCGCACUUCUGCCGGCCAAUUGCGUACAAAUAAUAGUCUCGUCUAAUUCAGGCGCGCGAGUUCAUCAUGGGAAAGAACAACAAGGGUUCGAAGGGCUCAGGCGACAAAGCUGAAGGCGGCAAGGCAAAGGCUGGAGCGCAGCUCAUUAACGUUCGCCACAUUUUGUGUGAAAAGCACGCAAAGAAGGAAGAAGCACUGGGCAAGAUCAACGAUGGAGUAAAGUUCGACGAGGUUGCUCGCAAUUACUCUGAGGACAAGGCCAGGGCUGGCGGUUCCUUGGGAUGGAAAGCCAAGGGCGAUCUCGAUCCCAAGUUUGAGGAGGUCGCAUUCGCCCUCGAACCCAGUUCGACCAGCAGCCCCAAGAUCGCAGAGGUCAAAACUGAGUUCGGAUAUCACAUCAUCAUGGUGGAAGGGCGCAAGUAGACAUAUGCAUGGCACGAAGCAAUUUUGAGAAGUUUUUUUUUCUUUCCAUUCCCGUCCGCAUGUGAAUUUUGGACAGGGGCCACGACGGCCAAAAGGGCGUAGCAGCAUGAAGAGAUGCAUGCCUUGGUUCAUUAUGUAAACCAAAACUCCCGCCUCUAUUUUGUGAUCCAUCCCAUUUGUAACGCCGACCCCGGAGGAACAAGGGAGUUUACUGCUCGGUCUGGAAGUAGUUGAGGAGGACAGAGCGCUCCUGCGACUCCU